GAGGAAAAGAUGGAUGAGGAAAGAGAAGAAAUGUUAGAAAAUAAUUUCAAACCGAAUUCUUCAUCUCCAAUAACAAAAACAAUAGAAUCUCAACCACCUAUACCUGAUGACUCAAGUUCGAUUCCUUUGCAAGCCACUACACAAUCUCCCGAGGCUGGUUCACCACUUUUUACAAAUAGUCAACGUCAAGAAAUUCAUGCGCAUAGACAGGAAUCUAUGCGAGCACUUGAAGGUAUCUCUUCUUCACGAAAUUCCCCAAAACCACUUACUUCUGGCCCGGGUGAUUUGCGACGUCAAUCAUCAACACCUGGUAUUGGUUCAGGUUCAUCACAACCAAAUAUUCAAGGCCCAGGUGAUGCACGCAGAUUUUUCCAAUCACCAAAUCCUAAUACUCCUCAACGUAAUGAUUCAUACAUGAGUGAACAUGCUUCAAGAUCAAGUACGGUUCCUCCGCGUAAAAAUUCACUCAUGAAUGACCAUGUUUCAAGAUCAAGUACAUUACGAACCGCAUCUAGCUCUAAUAGUAAUAAUUCUAUUGGGAUUCAGCUUGAUGCGCGUGGACGUGUUAAACAAGACGAUAUGGCUGAAGCAUAUUACGAUAAUAGAAUUCCCCCGCAAAAUAUGCAUUAUCAACAACAAAUGCACCCAGGAAUGCCUACAACGCAUAUGCCCACCCAGAAUCAAUUAGCAAUGAAUAAUAGUUCACAAGAUCCUAGAGUAUCAUCAUCACCUGGUUCAUCAAAUAAUGUUGCAAGAAAUAGUAGUACUCGAAUGAGAGCACAAUAUCCUCAACAAAUGUAUCCGAAUUCAGGAUUUUAUAAUAAUAUUCCUUCUUAUGAUCCAAGACAGCCACCACCGCAAGCAUAUAAUAAUAGUACGUUUGCAGCUCAGCGACCUAAUGGCGCAGGAAUACAACGUAUGGAUGAUGGUAGACAAGUUUUAUGUUUAGUGAAAGCUUUAUAUGAUUAUAAAGCUACAUCAGAGGAAGAAAUAUCAUUUCUGGCGAGUGAUGUGAUUGCAGUAUUGGGUACAAAUCCUGAUGGAUGGUGGGAAGGUGAAUUACUUGAUGAUAGUAGAAAGAAGAGAGGAUUGUUUCCUAGUAAUUACAUUCAAUUUUUGGAAUGA